UUAUCUUUACCCUUUGAAUAGGCUUUUUCUUAAUUCCCUUUACACUUUAUAUAUUUUCUCCUUUGAGCAUCUUUUUAUUCUUCCUUUCAAUCCUUUUUGCUUCAAUUGUAUACAACUUUACUUCAUAUAUACAUACAUAUAUAUAUUUUGUUCUUCACUCUUGCCCUUUGAUGAUACUUUGAUCCAUGUUCUAGUCCAAAAACAUAAAAAAUAAUAAUAAUAAUAAACAAAAAAUGUCAUUCGACAUGACUUCUUCUUCAUCUUCCUCAGAACGCGUUAGUUGCUUGCAGUGCAAUUUUUGCAACACAAUUCUUGCGGUUAGUGUUCCAUGCAGCAACAUGUUAACCUUAGUGACAAUAAGAUGUGGGCAUUGUGCAAAUAUGCUUUCUGUUACUAUUGGAUCUUUACUUCAAGCUCUCCCCCUUCAAGAUGUACAAAAGCUGCAAAGGCAACAGUACACAAAUGUUGAAAAUAAUUCUAGUAAUUAUAAACCUUAUGGUUCAUCAUCAUCAUCUUCUUCCAAGUUCAACAGAUAUUCUGCCAUUGUUUCUCCUGAAAUUGAACCUACAAUCCCUCCGAUUCGUCCAUCAGAGAAAAGACAGCGUGUUCCUUCUGCCUACAACCGAUUCAUCAAGGAAGAGAUCCAAAGGAUAAAGGCCAGCAAUCCUGAUAUUAGUCACCGUGAAGCUUUUAGCACUGCUGCCAAAAAUUGGGCACAUUUUCCACAUAUUCACUUUGGACUCAAGCUGGAGGGCAACAAAUAGUGCAUCUUGAGGGAAAAAAAAACUUUAAUAUAUAAUAUAUGCAUGUCUUAAUAUUAUUUUUGCUGAGGAUCUAUCAGAAAUUAUUUAUCUGCCUAUUAAAAUAAAAGUAAAAUUUACGUAAACUAUUUUCUCUAGAUCUCAUUUAUAAAAUUAUAUUGAAUAUGUUAUUGUUGUUGUUGUCAGUUUUUUAAUAUUAUUUUCAACUUGUGAAACUCUCUUCAUGUGGCAUCUUUCAUUUUGUUUGCCUUAAUUUUGGUUAAAUUAAGUGUCAUGUAUCUAACUAGCUAUUUUCAAUGUUUAUUCAGUAAUAUACAGUUGCUCUUGUGACUUUUU